UCAUGAUGCUGAUAAUAUAUUCUGAUACGUUUUAUAAGGGUAGAUAUUAUUUUAAAAUACCAUAAUACAUCAAGUUGCCUCAUUAUACUGCUUUUAUACUCAAACAUAGUGUGUAUGCCACUGUUCAUCAGAGAAACAGGUGGAUUCUAAUUUGCAAAUGUAAUAACCACAAGGGGAUUCAGCUCAAAUGGUAGAGCGUUCGUCAAUUUUUACACUGUUUCAGGGCGCCCACUGAAAUUCUAGUAGUUUUACUGAACUCGCCUAGGAUUACCAACGAACUGCGAUGCUCAUCAGCACAUCAGUUGAGUCCAAAAUGUAAAUCCUACCAUAGCCAAUAUAAAUAGCCUAUUAUGUCACAUUUUCAUGUUGUUCCACUGAACAACACAUCCUCAAACACUUUUGUUAUACAAUGAUAUUUGCAUAUAGGCUAACAGUUUGAUGACACACAGCGUUACAUUAAAUGGGGUCAGUUUGAAGACUACUGCGAGGAAUCAUCAACUGCCCAAGCCCUAUCUAGACUCAUUUUCAUAUAUGGGCAAGUAAACAUGGCAACCUUCGACCUGACACUUUCUAAAAACAGCCCUGACACCCGCUGGAGCAGCCAGUUUGGGUGCCACAGUAUACUCUGUGUGAGGAACAGCUUGAACCGGAGCAAUUACCGUGGGCCUACCUUUCAAUUUUACUCCGAAAUAAGCGGCUUGGGACGUUAUAAUGCCGAAUUAACCAUUUCUUAUUAUUAAUUUGUCACUUUUAACGUCUUAACGGAGUGUGAGAAGAGUGGGUAUCAGAAGAGAAACGUCAUGGACAAUUUGGAGAAGCAGUUGAUUUGUCCCAUCUGCCUGGAAAUAUUUACCAAACCGGUGGUCAUUUUACCGUGUCAACACAACCUGUGUAGAAAGUGUGCCAAUGAUAUCUUUCAGGCCUCCAACCCAUACCUCCCAACCAGAGGGGGGUCAGUGACCUCCGGUGGCCGUUUCCGGUGCCCGUCCUGCAGGCACGAGGUGGUCCUGGACCGCCAUGGGGUCUAUGGGCUCCAGAGGAACCUGCUGGUGGAGAACAUCAUCGACAUGUUCAAACAGGAGUCCACCAGCGCCAAGCCAGCGACCCCAGAGAGGACAGAGGAGCAGGCCAUGUGCCAAGAGCACGAGGAGGAGAAGAUCAACAUCUACUGUGUGACCCACAGUGUGCCCACCUGCUCCAUGUGCAAGGUGUUUGGAGCCCACCAGGACUGUGAGGUGGCGCCGCUCAAAAGCAUGUACCAGACACAGAAGACGGAGUUGACUGACGGGAUAGCGAUGAUGGUGGGGAACAACGACAGGAUCCAGGGCAUCAUCAGUCAGUUAAAGGAGACCUGCCGGACCGUAGAGGAGAAUGGCAUGAGGCAGAAGUCCCAGCUGUGUGAGAAGUUUGACCAUCUGUACGCCAUCUUGGAGGAGAGGAAGAGGGACUUAAGUUCUAAGGUGGCGGCCGAGCAGGAAGAGAAGCUUAACUACAUCCGGGGUCUAACCAAGAAGUACAAAGAGCACCUGGAGCAGAGCAGUAAGACCGUAGAGACAGGCAUACAGACCUUGGAGGAACCAGAGAUGGCCGUCUUCUUACAGACUGUAAAAGACCUCCUUAAAAGGACUGGGGAGGCGUCGAGUACCUCCCACCUGGAGAAGGUGGAGCAAGGAUAUGAGGCGAUGGAUCACUACACCGUUAACUUCUGGAGAGAGGGCAGGGCCCUGCGUAGCAUUGACUUCAUCUCAGAUGACGAAGAUGAGUAUGAGGAGGUAGAUGGGGGAAAGGCAGAGGCUGGAGUAGGAGGUGGAGCCUCAACAGCUGCCCCACUCCCAUCCCCCGCCCCUUAACUCAGCCAACCACAGAGCACAGCCAAGCCUGCUGCCUCAACCUAACCAUCAGCCAUGGCCCAGACAGAGUUGGAGAGGAAGCGGGACAUCCCACUCUCAUUUUUUCUGGUUCAUAUAGAGUCAAUGAACUAAGCAGACCAGACCCAGCUGCUAAUGCAUUGAAGCCUAUGUGAGAGCCACCUCGUUAAGCAGACCGGAACUGAUCCUAUUUUUUUCAGUGGUAAACGGCCUGAGAGGGACAUCUUAAUUUAUCCACCAUCUUUGGUCCAGACUCAUAGAUACUUCCUGCAGGAGUAGGAUGAAGUUGCCCCUAGACAUUGGUCUAAUGUCAGUUUUGAGUUUUCCCUCAUGGUUAAGGUUAGGAUUGGGGGAGGCUAAGCUGAUCCAUGAUCAGUGGCUAUGGACAACAUCUACCUGAAGCACACCUGCACAGGUGAUGGACAGAGCCUUCUGACAAAGCUGUGGCUGGAUGCAGCUGGAUGUGGACAUGUUUUUUUCCCAAUAGGAGUGCAUUUCAGGAGUCAGGAAGUUCACUAUAGGAAGACUUUUUAGCCUGAUUAAAUUGACGUCUGAGUUUACCUAUUUAUUUUAUUUGUUAAAGAAAUAUGCUAACAAGGUAGUUUUUUUGUGGCUAAUUUUAGUGUUCCUUCAGACUGCCGUUGUAGCGUUUUGUCUAAGCAGCAGUGUUGUGUUUCUUUAAUGAAGUUGGCAAGAUGCCACCGUCUGAACUACAUCAUUAGAGAAUAUCUCAAACAAGAACUUCCAAGAGAUUUUUUGCCUUUUAUUGUUCUUUUUUUUAAAUGAAAAAGUAUAAAAAUAUAUAUAUAUUUGGUUACAUUUUGAAUUCACAUAGGAUAAUAAUAUAUACAGUACCUUCAGAAAGUAUUCACACCCCUUUACUUUUUCCACAUUUUGUUGUUACAAGGUGGGAAUAAAAUUGAUUUAAUUUUUGUCAACGAUCUACAUAAAACACUCUGUAAUGUCAAAGUGAAAAAUAAAAUUAGAACAUUUGUCAAAUAUUUAUGAAAAAUGUAUGAGUCAUGUUAGAAUCACCUUGGCAGCAAUUACAGCUGAGUCUUUCUGGGUACCUCUCUAAGAGCUUUCCACACCUGGAUUAUACAAUAUUAGCUUUUUUUUUUUAAACCCUUCAAUCUCUGUGAAGUUGGUUGUUGAUCAUCGCUAGACAGCCAUUUUAAAGUCUUGCUAUAGAUUUUCAAGCCGAUUUAAGUCAAAACUGUAACUAGGCCACUCAGGAACAUUCAAUGUCGUCUUGGUAAGCAACUCCAGUGUAUAAUUGUCCUUGUGUUUUAGGUUAUUGUCCUGAUAAGAGAAUUCUCCUCCCAGUGUCUGUUGGAAAGCAGACUGGAUCAGGUUUCCCUCUAGGAUUUUCUCUGUGCUUAGUUCCAUCCUGUUUAUUUUUAUACCUCCUAAAACUCCCUAGUUCUUGUUGAUGGCAAGCAUACCCAUAACAUGAUGCAGCCACCACCUUGCUUGAAAAUAUGAAGAGUGGUACUUGGUGGUGUGUUGUGUUCAAUUUGCCCCCAACAUAAUGCUUUGUAUGCAGGACAUAAAGUACAUUUCUUUGCAACAUUUUUUGCAGUUUUACUUUAGUGCCUUAUUGCAAAUAGGAUGCAUGUUUUGGAAUAUUUGUAUUCUGUACAGGCUUCCUUCUUUUUACUCUGUCAAUUAGGUUAGUAUUGUGGAGUAACACAAUGUUGUUGAUCCAUCCUCAGUUUUCUCCUAUCACAGCCAUUCAACUCUGUAACUGUUUUAACGUCACCAUUGGCCUCAUGGUGAAAUCCCUGAGCGGUUUCCUUCCUCUCCGAGAACUGAGUUAUGAAGGACGCCUGUAUCUUUGUAGUGACUGGGUGUGUUGAUACACCAUCCAAAAUGUAAUUAAUAACUUCACCAUGCUCAAAGGGAUAUUCAAUGUCUGUUUUGUUUUUUUACCCAUUUACCAAUAGGUACCCUUCUUUGCGAAGCUUCGGAAAACCCCCGGUCUUUGUGGUUUGUGGAAUCUGUGGAAUCUGUGUUUGAAAUUCACUUCUCGACUGAGCGACCUUAGAUAUAAUUGUAUGUGGGGGUACAGAGAUGAGGUAGUCAUUCAAAAAUCAUGUUAAACACUGUUAUUGCACACAGAGUGAGUCCAUGCAACUUAUUAUGUGACUUGUUAAGCAAAUGUUUACUCCUGAACUUAUUUAGGCUUGCCAUAACAAAGGGGUUGAAUACUUAUUGACUCAAGACAUUUCACCUUUUCAUUUUUGAUACAUUUUAAAAAUGUCUAAAAACAUUAUUCCACUUUGACAUGAUGGUGUAUUGUGUGUAGGCCAGUGACACAAAAUCGAAAUGUAAUCUAUUAUAAAUUCAUGCUGUAACAACACAAUGUGGAAAAAGUCAACGGAUGUGAAUACUUUCUGAAGGCACUCUAGGUUUAAUAUAUAUGGCUAGGUUUUUCAAUUACUGUAAGAGAUGGCAAGCAGACUUUUCUCCUAAAAAAAUAUAACUUUUCAAGAAGAUAUUUUGCCUGCAUUUGGUACAGUGUACAUUAUAUUGCAUGCACAAAGUGUGUGAAUAAAACAACUUGUUUGUU